AUGAGCUACCCUAGGACAUCUUCACUUAAGAAGCGUGGUUCACCUUCACCCCCUCCAGCUACCCCUGUUCCCUUUAAUCAGGAGAUUAGACCAGCCUGGGACUGGCAAUCAAAGCCAGAGCUAUGGGCUCAGGCUAUUCAUCAGCAACUCAAUGCCCAGCUGCAGCAUCCCCUGGAACUGGACCAGUGCCCAGCAGUGGAGCUCCUUCUAGCUGAACUUCAGGUCCUUCUGGCUGCUGUACUCAAGGAUGGCAGUUCUGCAGCUUGGUACUACCUGUAUAAUGUGCUGGCCUCUCUCUCACCUUACCAGACUCUGCUUUGUGGCCACCUUGACCUACUACCUUUCUUGGAGCAGUUAUAUCUCUGGGCCCCCCAAAUCCAGACCCAGCUUGGUCUGGAUUUUCUGGAGGUGCUGAGACAGGCCUUUCCACCAGACACCUCUAUGAUGGCCCCAUCCACCCAUACUUUUUGCAGACACCAGAAGAAGCUGAAAACACUGUCCUUUCAACCUGUCUUGAGCCCACCAUGCCCUUUUGUCCAGGCUGAACAAGGGCAGAGACAGGAAGAUGAGGAUGAGGAUGAAAACUGGGUGUACCCUGUGACCCUACCUGAGCUACAAUAUGCGCUGGGCAUUGUGGGAGUAGAUGUGGCCCAAGAUGAAGCCUUCUGGAUGAAUGGCCUUGGUCUUCUGCCUUUGGCCUUGGCCACAGACAUCCCCGUGAAGUACAUCAGCAAUAAAGAGGAGGAGGAGUGUUGUGGCAGUGGUGCUAGGUAUACAUCUCAGUUAUCAUCAUUAACUGCUACUGAAGAAAAGAGCUAUCAAAGGUCAAGCUCUAACUACCCAACUCAGACUAUCCUGCUAAAGAAUCAAAUCAUUUCUGUUCUUCGGAAGAACAAAUACUUAAGUCCGAUCCACUUCAUCUACCUUAAUUUGGCUGCUACUAGGCAUUUCAGACCAUAUAGCCUGACAGUGGUGCCACAGAGCCUGGCAAACCCAGAGCACUACAUCUUUUCUCCUUUCGGAGUCCUGCAUGUGCAUCCUGUGGAAGGCAGUGAGUUAGUAACAAUGGGUGUCUGGCACCGGCAUGCCAUGCUGUGGCAACAACUCCAAAACAUCCCUUUCUUCAAGCAUUAUCUUGUGAGGAAGGCCUUGACUUGCUGGAGGAAGAAUGUUAAGUUGCAGGUGCUGAAGAAACGCCAGGAUUUCCUGAGGAACUACCUGCUCUUUUCUAUACCCCACUUUGGCGUUUGUCUGCUGCACAUUAACAGGUUCCUGCAAGAGCUACACUCUGUUUCCUGGUUGCCCCAGGAGGAGAAUCGAUGCUACACACUUUCUGAGCUGCAGCGGGCCCUGGCCAAGAUGAAUAGAGGAGCCUUGCGGGUAUUGAGACGUUGUCUUCGUCUCUCUGCAGCUGUCCUUCAGCUGGUGCACGAAGACACGUAUCGGAUGCGGCAGGGCCUGCAGGAGCGAGUAGAGAGCUUCUCUGAGUACAGUUCAGCAAAGGGCUCCAUGUACCGAAAGUGGUUUCGUCGGCAGCAGCUAAUGCAGAAGCUGAACCGAGCUGAGCUGUGGUGGCAACUUUUGGGACGCCUUGCUCGCCUGGUUGACUAUAUGACCUGCCAGAAACUGGUCUCUAUUUUGGAGAGUGAGCUGGUGACAUUUGUUACUUGUGUCCUACAGGCUCCAAGGCGGGUUGCCUUGCUGACAGGAAAGUUGGCCUUUGGUGAAGAUGGAAAACUGCUCGUGGUGCCAAGUGCAGAGCAGAUGGCCCAGACCUUAUCUGGGUGGUUGAAUGCUGUGGUGACCUCAGCUCUAAAGGUUAUGAAGUCUACAGAUCUCCAGAUUCCUAUAAAUCCUUCCCAAUCCUCAGAUGAGCCUCAGGUACGAGGAGGCACAGCAAACAGUACAACUGGGCCAAUAGAGGAAGAGGAUGAAGAGGAAUUAGCUCCUGUUUUUAUUUCCUUGGCAUUCCGGGCCCAAUCUAAUGAAGCUGUCAGAAUCUUUUGUGGUCCUGAGACAGAGAUGGUGCGUUCAAGGCAGGCUGACCCCAGUGCUGGUCCUCUUGUGGUGCUUGGGCACAGAAUAAGAGCCCAGUAUGCCCCACCUAGCCGAAUCCAGCUGCAGAAUGAUUUGGACACUAACGAUAAAAUCCAAAAGGCUUUGGCUAUCCAGCAAGCAUUAGUAGAGGAUAUGUUGCUGGAAGUGAAUAAGUUCUGUCAGGAUCACAGAUGGCUCAGGAGCAUCCAUCAGUUUCUGAAGAAGUGGGGACCCCAGAAGUUGAAGCUCAUGCAGAGCUGGCCUGCUGCAAGAUAUACGAAGCUCAUCACUGAGCUGGAAUCCUGGCAGAGCCAAGUGAGUGAGGUGCCCACCAUGUUGCUCACUGAAAAUCUCCUACUGCAUAUCAAUUGUAACUGUGUUCAGACAGACAUCGUGACACAGUUGGCUGAUGUCAAGAAGGACAUCCUGGCUCAUUUGAAGAGUGUGAGAUACAAUCAAAGUCAAGAACUCAUAAAAGAACUCUCAGAGUUUAUACAAGUCCUCCAAAACAUCAGUGCUGACAUCCAGACCAUUGCCAGGUGCUCUCAGAAGCUGACAGAGGCCAAUGAAAAAAGUGAAGACUUAGAAGAACGAGUAGAAUAUGUGCUUGCUCUCAGUAACCUUGUCCGAUCCCACUUUGGCAAAUUAACCUAUGAGGAUGAGGAACUGGAGAUUGCGGUGAGAAAGGUGCUGGGCAGGGACUCUUCCCAGAGUUUGUCCUCUCCAUUCCUUAGAGAAACAUGGGAUAGAAUAUGGGUUCCUCAGUGUCCUCUAGUCCCCCUCAUCCAUCUCCCUCCCUCCCCAUUUUUUCCUUUCCCCUUCCCUACCUUGUCUCCCCUCAGGGCUCCCUGUGCCUCAUUUCCUCCUGUUCUGGGUCUGUAGCUGCUAGAUGUGUGGGAGACCUUCCUCUUUGAGCGGCUCCAGGCCUCUGAGUUCCUACUCAGCAAGCAGAGCACCUUGGUGCCCCAGCUUAAGGAGAUGAUAGCAGCUGCCCUGGAAGAAAUGGAAGACCUGAGCAUACAGGCUGUCUCAGGCCCCUUCAUUGACCCCACCCAGGAGCAGCGCAGUAUUCAGCGCCAGCUUAUCAACAUGGAGCGUACAUAUGUCUCUAUUUCUGUCCGCCUUGCUGAGCUGCACCAUGCCUAUGUCAUCCUAAGUGGGGAUGAGAAGCCAGUGCCACUGCCUCAGAGAGGGCUCCAACCCAUUUUACUUCAACAGCGUAUCUGGCGUCUCUUUAGUCUGGUCAGUGAGCAAAUUGCUGAAUGGAAGUGUCUGGCUUUUAGUAAGUUCAGCACCUCUUUCGCCUGGGAAAAGACAGAUCACUGGUUGACAGAGGCUGCCAAGCUAAGCAGGUUAUUCUUGGUGGCUAAUCCUAUAAUACAAGCCUGUAUGCACCUGCUGAAGGAAUUUCGGAGCUAUUUGCCAGUGCUGUCUAUGUUGGACAACCCCCAAUUGCAAGGCAGUGGCUGGCAGGCCAUUUUUCGAGCCAUGGGGGCAGGCUGUCCUGAAAACAUUGAACUUGUGACCUUGGGCCAGCUGCUUUCCUACCCCCUGCUAGAAUACCGAAACCGAAUCUCUCAGAUCUGGCUGAGUGAGAAUGAACACCACCAAACUCAGCAGAGCCUACAGAAGCUACAACAGACUUGGGAGGGCCGACAGCUCCGUCUUCUCAACUUUAUCCUUUGUGUGCCCUAUGAGCCCCCUUCCUCAGAGCUCUCCAAAAGACAUUCGCACAGCCGGGCCCAACUUCAGCAGUUAGAGAUGGUGGCCAAGGACAGCGGUACCUAUAUCUUGUCUGAUAUCAGUAGCCUGCAAGACGGAAUUCAAGAAAGCCUGCAGAUACUACUCAAAAUCUUGAACUCCCAUUAUGCUAGGAAUAUCCAGGAUCAAGCCCAGGAAUGGGUGGCCAUCUUUCAGGGCCUACAUGCCUUGAUGGAGGUUUGGGUAGUUUUCCAACAGAAGUGGAUUUUUCUGAAUAAAGUUAUCUAUGAGAUGAAGAUCAGCUUCCCUAGCCCAGAACUGAGUAAAAGGUUCAAAGUGGUAGACUCUCAAUAUCGAGAACUCAUGCAGAUCUCCAUGGAGGACCCUUUGGUGCUAUCCCUUAUGGUGCCUAGCAGUUCAAGAAAUUCCAAUUUCCAAGGCCAACAGCUGCAAAAGCUUUUAGAGGCAGGCAGUCUAGAACUGGAGCGUGUCAUCACAGCCCUAGAAGCAGUGCUCUAUGGGGUCCGCUCUCACUUCCCUCGUCUCUUUUUCCUCAGUGACAGGGAAGUAGUAGCCCUGAUGUCAGCCACUCGGGAUGUAGCUGAGGCCCGGCUGUGGGCACAACGCUGCUUCCCCCAUGUUCAAGGUGUGGUAUUUGGGCCGUGUUGCACCUCAGGACCCCGUGCUGUGGAGGUCAAACAAGAGGCACAGUCAAUCCUAGGCACAUAUGGGGAGGUAUUGACCUUACGUUCCCCACUGCUCCUACAACAUGAUGUCCCCAAAUGGCUAACCUGCCUUGAACAAUGGAUACGUUCAGCUUUGGUACAUGGGCUGUCAGAAUGUGUGGCUGCUCGCUUGGCCCUACAUCCUUCCUUGGACCAUGUCUUUGAGCAACCCCCAGAUCCUGGGCAGCCCCCCCUGUAUCUUCAUGGCCAUCAUUGGCUAGAGUUAGCUCAGGCCUUCCCAGUCCAGUGCGUGCUCGUAGCUGAGGAGGUAGCCUGGAGGACUCAGGUGGAGGAGAUACUGCUGGAUCAAAGGACCCAUCUUCUUAGUCUCAUGCAGCUCCGAAGGCUGGAGGCCCUAGCCCACUUUGCCCGUGAGCAACGGAGCACCCACAUUGGGCACCCCCCUGCCUCUCCUCGACUGUCCCUCCUGCUGAGCCUGUUGCUUACAGGGGCUGUAGCCCACCGGGACACAGCAUUACUUCUGCAGCAGCAACAGGUCAGUGAGUUUGAAGAUUUCCACUGGGCCCGCCAGUUGAAGUACUACUUGGGCCCUCGAAACAAGAGCCAAAGCCCAGAUUUUUCCAACAAGUCACUGCAAGUUUGCUCAUCCCACAAAAGCAAGCCCACAUGUUGGCUGGAAGUACUGGGACAGCCCUUCCUAUAUAACUAUGAGUACGUGGGCCCUGGCCAGAGACGAGUAGCCAACCUACUGCUUGAACGGCCUGCUCUGGGGCUGCUGUUGGCUCUGAAGGAGGUGGCCUGUGGGACCCUACUAGGCCCUAUUGGUGUGGGCAAGAGUGCCUUAGUGGCCAGGCUGGCCUCUGCCCUAGGCCGCCAGCUGGUGACACUUCACUGUGUAAUGCACAUAGAGGCCCGCUGCCUGAGUUCCUACCUGACUGGAGCCCUGCAGAGUGGUGCCUGGCUCCUGCUAAAAGCUGCAUGCUCUCUGCCAGUUGGCCUGCUCUCUGCUCUGGGCCAGCGCCUGGAUGAUCUGCGCCAUCUCUAUAUGCCUCUGCUACAGGGAGCUCAAGACAUUUCUGAGGUGGAUCCCAUGCUGCCCCAGGUCCUAGGCAACAGCUUCUUUGAAAAUCAUCGAGUUCAUGUGCGCGUUGGCUAUGGAUGCUUCUUAACACUCACCCACCUGAGCUCCACAUUACCUACCAACUUGCGCUUCCUGCUUCGCCCUAUGGCCAUGGCAUUGCCAGAUCUACAGCACUUGACUGAAAUAACCCUGGUGGGUGCUGGCCUCCGGGAUGCUGUACACCUGGCAUCUCGUCUGGCCACAUUCUUCUCCUUGGAGCAGGAUCUAGAACCUGGGAUGCAGCCCUGCCGCCUCCCACUACUUAUACAGGUGCUUGAGACUACCCUACAAUUCUUGGAAACUCCCAAGGAUAAAGAGGGCCCUCUACUUCCUCAAACUCUAGGUGCUGCAGAAGAGGCUGCACUGCUUCAUGCCCUACUCCACUCACCCCUGUUCAGUGGUCCUGAGCGGCCCCGUCUCCAUAUGCUGCGCCAGCUACUCUCUGGCAUCUUCUCAGGGGCAGGCAAUGUACUGGCCACACCAUGGACCAUGACACCACCAAAACUGGCAGAUGAAUUACGGCAGAUUGGCCUAUAUGUUGGUUCUGAUUUCCUGGCCUCUCUGGAGCAGUUGAGCGAGGCUUUGAGGCAAAUGUUUGGGAUCCUGCUCAUAGGUCCACCUGGCAGUGGCAAGAGCACAUGCUGGCAGAGCCUGGCUAAGGUCUGGAACCAGCUGGUAUCCAGGCACAAAGCCUGCAGAAAUAUUAGGCCUGUGUAUAUCACCUCCCUAUAUCCCUGCAGCCUCAGCCCAGAGGAGUUCCUAGGCUGGUUUGAGGGACACUGUUGGAACCCUGGGGUCUUUUCCCAGCAGCUGUGGGCUGGCAUAAGCCAACGUGAGAGAAACCCAGAGGGAGUUCAGCACUGGCUGGUCUGUGAUGGAGUGCCUAGUGCUUCCUGGUUGGAUCCCAUUGCCUCCUUGCUGAGUGAUGCUGCUAAGCUUAGUCUACCCAAUGGCCAACAAAUACCUCGGCCACCAGACACCAGGCUCUUGUUAGAGGUGGUAAACACAGCUGGUAUAUCUCCUUUUGUAGUAGGAAGCUGUGCACUGGUGUGGUGUGGAGGGCAUCAGACAUGGCAGGCUAUGCUUGCAACUCUAAUGACAGAACUGUCUCGAGAGUACUAUCUGCUCCCCCAAACCAUGGUUGAGUUGCAACAUCUAGCAGAUAGCCUAGUGCCCACAGUGCUUCACUUCCUAAACCGCCAGGGUGCCAACUCUGUGCUCCAUGUCCAUGGACAGCCAACAUCCAGCCCAGGUGUGGCAGAGAUCAACAGCAUGACCCACCUCCUUCGAGGGCUACUUAACCCCUACCUGCACUACACCAAAGAGGAGCAAUAUCAUAUCAUCGAGAACACGAGCCAUUCAAGUUCAAUGGUCCAAGACUCUGAGGGUACUCAGGGCAGCAGCUCAGCUGAGGGACUCCAGCAAGAUGUGGAAGGAGACAGAAAGUGUCAAAAUCAUUCGCUGGCCAUCAGUAGCUUCCUCUUGGCCUUUAUUUGGGGCUUUGGAUCCCACCUCCCAUCCAGGCUUUGGCCUACCUUUGACAACUUUGUUAGAGGAAUUUUGAAGCAUCACCCUGUACGUAUUGAGCUGCCCACUUCAGCCUCUGUGUUUGACUUACAUCUUUGCCCUGAGGAUGGAUCCUUGGUCCCCUUCACAGGCCUUUACUUGAGCAACCGGAUCAAGGGACUUGCUCCUUUGAGCACCUUCAACCUCUCACCCCAGGCAGAGCGAAUACUAUAUGUGAUGGAUCUACUCUUGGCUGUGGGGUAUCCUGUGUUGCUGACUGGAGAGGUUGGCUCUGGAAAGUCUGCCUUUGUUGAAGUCCUAGUGGAGCCCAACCACCCAUGCUUGCAUAUCCCGAUCCACUUAGCUCUCACCACAACUCAUCUACGAAACCUUCUGAGUCAAGAGAUCCAGAGGCAGAGCCAGGUUUGGCCAGGGAAAAUCAUCCCCUCUAAGGGCUCUUUACUUUUCCUGCUGGAGGACUUGCACAUGGCAGCAGCUGACCCCACAAGGAAAUGUCAGCCUGUGCUGGAGACACUACGUCAGGUCCUGAGUCAGAACACAUUGUAUGCCAAUAACACACUGGAGCUGCAGGCAGUGCCUAGCACUUUCAACUGGCUAGCCACAGCCACAGCCUCCUGCUGCUCUGAGCUGCCCUUGUGCUCACGCUUCACCUGGCUCUUCACAGUGCUGUUGCUAGGCAAUGUAAGCCGGAUGACCAUUUUAUCCAGGCACUGUGCAGGGGUCCAAGCUUGGCUUGAGCGCUUCCCCUCCCUGGAGAGGGAGGAGGUCAUGGCAAGGGCACUGGUCACUGCCACAGUGGAUGCCUGGGAGGAAAUGCGGACCCACUUCCCCCCAUCCCCAUGCCAGCCUCACUACCGCUUCUCCCCACAUACUAUAGAACGUCUGCUCAACAGCCUACAGCUGUUGCACCCUCAACCUCUAGUGUUCUUUUCUGAGCCACAGAGUCGGGUAGAGCAGCUGUGUCGCAUGUCAGGCCUCCGGGGUGACCGCUUGGCCACUUUGGUGGCCAUCAGGACCAUAGCCCACCUCUGGCUGCAUGAGGCCCAACGCACCUUCUCUGACCGCCUCAUUACAGCCACAGAACAGGAACGCUGUGUCCAGAUGCUGCUGGCUGUGGUGACCAGUGCUUUUAGUACAAGUGCCAGUUACAAGAGCAUUUUGGAACCUGGGGAGGUGAAGGAGGAGGAGGAAAAGAAACUGGUGCCUGAGGUAGAAUCUGAGGAGGAGUUGGCCCAGUGGGAAGACCACAGCAGCAGCGGAAGUGAAGAGGAGGGUGAACCAGGGACUAGAGACCUGCUGGCCUUGACUGUGACUUGGCCUCCACUGGGCCCUGGGCCCAAAUUCCUGGGCUUGACAUCUUAUCCAGCACUACAACAUGACAAGGCCUCUGCCUCAGACAUCUCUGUGAGUCUGAACCAUGAUAACAUCUCCUCUCCAAACCUAGAGAAAAAAUCUAGGAUCCGUCGUCCGAAAGCUUCUCACCUGAACUUCUUGGCCCCGCUGCUGCUACCUGCUCUGCUACUGCUGCCCCAGGAACAGGCCUCUGAGCUGCUCUUCACACAGGAACUGUCACUGGUGCCCAUUGCCGAGGAACCUAGACACUACCUGAAGCAGACCUGGGAGGUGUUGGAGAAGAAGCUGGCAGAAGUGCUGCCAGAGUUGGGCCCAGGGCCCCGCCUUUCCUUGUGUCACCCCUUUGCUCAGCAUGUGGUCCGCUUGGCCCGGGUGCUGGCCGGUCCACAUCAGCAUGGAGUUCUGCUAUCUCACACCAGGGGGACAGGGCGACGAACUGCACUGCACCUAGCUGCCCGACUUAGCCAGGCUGUCCUCUUUGAGCUACCCCUGGAGUCUGAGGAGGCAAUGCUGCAGUGCCUCAAGAAAGCCAGCUGGCAUGCAGGGUUCCUUGGCAAGCCAGCAGCCCUGAUGGUGCCGGGCAGUGCAGGUUCCUCCACUUUGAACCUCCUCUUAGGCCUUGUACAAGAAGGGUACUUGCCUGGCCUGUUCUUAGAUGAGGAGCUGAAAACCAUUACCGAGCAGCUGCCCGUGGAGAAUACAGCUGUCAAGAUUGGCUCCCAGAAGGAGGGGGUGCUGCAGAGGUUCUACCAACUGGUGUGCCAAAACCUCCAUCUAUUCAUCCUGAUGUCUGAUAGUUCCAGACCUCCCCAGAUCCGCCCCACCACCUUCCUGGCUCUCCUCGAUCUUACUUGCACCAGCAUCGACUACUAUGAGCCCUGGAACCAGACUACCCUGAUCAGCCUGGCCCAGCGUUACCUAGACGGUGUCUUUAACAGAAGCCUAGAACUUGACUAUCCCCGGCUCCCAACUCUGCAUGCCUCUGUUGCCAAUAUGGCCAAAGUUAUGGCUCUGAUCCACCUGUCAGCCUCCAAAUACUAUCAGCUCCUCUGUCCGCUGCUGCCCUUAGCCACUCCCAAGACGUUCCUGGACUUCUUGGAUACCUUCUUGCUGCUGUACUUCCACCUAUCAAAUCGCACCCAGAACAAGAUCCAGCGGAUUCAGACAGCCCUAGGGAAACUGACCACAGUGAUAGAGGAGAACAAUGCCCACAACCGCUUGGUGGAGAGCCUGGAGCGCCAGCUGCAAUGUGCCCAUGAGGAGCUUGUUACCUGCCAGAAGCAGCUGGAGGUAGACCGCAUCCAGUACCUUCAGUACCUGUCAGAUUGUCAACAACAGGAAAUACUCAUCAGCAAUCUUACCAAGCAGAGAGACGCAUUGCAGAGUCAGGAGGAGUCACUGACUGAAGAGAUGUACCAGGCUGUCCUCAUGCCCCUAGCCCAGCUUAAGAUGGCUGAUAUGGAAGAGCUGCGCAGUUACCGGGCUCCACCUGCUUCUGUGGUAAUGGUGACUGAUGCACUCUGUGCCCUGUUCCACUGCCCCCCAGGAUGGGAGAGUGCCAAGCAACUGCUUGGCAAAGAGGGCUUUUUUGAGGACCUCGUAUUCUUUGACAAAGAGACAGUAGGAGAAGCAGAGCUGCUGAGCCUGAGUCAGAUACUGGAAGACCCCAGCAUGAAUGAUGAGGUCCUGCAGCAUGGGAGUCAGGCCGCAGCAGGGCUGGCUUCCUGGCUGCGGGCUGUGUUGUGCUUCAGAUUGGCACAGCGCAAAGGGGUACCCACAUCAGCCCUGCUGAAGCAGGUGGAGAACACACUGCUGCAUGAACAGAUGCGCAUGGGACGCUGCCAAAUGCAGGCAAAGAAGCUGCUACAGCAGAACCACAUUCUGGCUCUCCAGGUUGAACAGGCUCGGCAGGCUCACAAUCUGUUGGCUGAACGGCUCUCUAAGGAAAUACAGGGCCAGGAAUCAAAGGGACAGAUGCAUUUUGCCAUAGUCACCCACAUGAAUGACUGGACUGUCCUUAUUCAGAAGCUGAAAGGGAACCAUCAGACAAUACCUGGAGAUGCCCUGCUUUCUGCAGCUGCCAUUAACUACCUGGGCCCUUUUCCAUCCAGAAGGCGCCAGGAGAUCCUUGACAAAUGGUUGGCACUAUGUUCAGGUCGCCAGGACCAUCUGGACCCAGAUGAUGUGGCCUUGGAACUGGACCGAGAACAGGGCCUACCAAGAGACUUGGAAGACUUCCAGAUACCCACCCUAAAACCCUUCAGCCUCUUGUCAGUGCUGAGCUCUGAGACUGAGCAGCACCAGUGGGACCGGGACAUGAAGCCUCGUGCAGUGCCUACACGCGUGGCUGCCCUCCUCCUUCGCAGCCCCACUCACAGAUCUACUCGACGUUGGCCCCUGAUCAUCGACCCUGAAGGCCAGGCCUCUCUCUGGCUGCUGCCCCUGAGCCAGCAGGAUAAUGAAGAUAUCCUAGAAAUGUCCCAGUAUCUUGAUAGACAUGAGAAAGGUCCCUUUGGCAGUCUGCCACAAGAAAAAAAAAACCAAAAGAAAAAAGAGAUAAAGGAGGACAAGCUAUAUGAGGAGGAGGAAGAAGAUGAGAGCAUGUCCACUCCAAGCAUGACCAGUUCUGCAACUGUCUUCAGAAUGCUUUCAGCCAGUGACCCCAAUCUGGGAAGGGAACUGCUAGAAGCAGCUGCCAGUGGUCUGCCAGUGCUGCUGAGCAAUGUGGAGCUGGGUCUGUGGUGUCCUGAGUUGCAGUGGCUGCUUCAGAGGGAACAUCUAUGCCUUCCUGCAGUGCAUCCCAACUUCUGCCUAUACCUGAGCACCAGGCUGCGCCUUGAUGCUUUGCCAACAGGUCUGAACUCAGAGACACUGAAGGCUAUGAAUAUAAUAGAUAUGCAUACGAUUCAGGAGGUGACAGAGGAACAGCUUUUACAGGAGAUCAUAAGAGCUGAGAGGCCAGAGUUGGAAAUAAGAUGGCAUAGCCUGGAGCUCAGCAUACUGGAUGCUUACGAUCAGGUUCAGGCUACCAAGGAAAAGCUACUGGGGCUCGUGUUAAACACAGAAGCAGACCAACUAGGCCGAACCUGUUUCCUGCGGGAAGUGCUGUGCUACCAGGCAAAGCUCUAUCAGCAGAAUGCUUACCUGGAAGAGUUGAAGGAGAUGGAGGCCCAAGAGUUAGAGUCUCGUAUAAAUUACUGGCAUGUGGCUCAUCUCGGCACCACACUGUCCCAGGCCAUGUCCCUUCUUCAGAAUUUACACCCUAUCUACUCCACGGCCUUAGACAACUGUCUGACUGUGACACACCGUACUCUGGCCAGCACUGACCACCAGCUACCACCGCAGCACGGUGAAGACCUGGACAGCCACCUUCAAGGGCUAGGAAACCGGCUAACACGCCGGCUGCUAAGUAAUACCCUGACCUCCUUGCAGCCCCACCAUGCACCCCUAGUAGGGGUCUUUGGUGCCCUGGCCCUGCUACAGCUAGCUGGGAAGGCAUCUGCCUUGGAGAGGCUGGCACUCUGCCCAGGACUAGCAGCCUCCCCAGUGGUGAAGAAGAAUGUGCCGAGCUCGAAUGUCACCUGCCCUUCCUGGCUACGGCCCAAGGCCUGGCAGGAGUGUGGAUUGCUGGAGCUGCUGCCCCCCUUUGUAGGCCUGCGGGCUUCCCUGGCUGCCCACUCAUGUGCCUGGCAGGAGUACCUGAGAUUGCCCUCCACAGUGCUGGGUCGAACACCAGGCAUUGGUGCCACGCCCCUGAGCUUACUUCAGAAACUGGUGCUAUGGCGGGUGCUACGACCAGAUCGGCUAGCUGGUGCCUUGGCUGACUUUACCACCUGCCUCCUGGGACGGCCCCUGGCUGAGGAUAAGACUCCAGCCACCGACCCCUACAAGUUGAGCCGCCCAAACCGGCCCCUGAUUGUGUUGCUGCCCCCACCAGGCCACCCCACUGCCACGUCAUACCCUUUACCCUUCAUCUGGAAGCUGGCAUACCAACAGAAGCAGGAGCAUCUGCAGGUCAUUGGACUGGGUUCCUCUCUAUGGGAUUCUGCUCAGGCUGUGACCACAGCCCUGACUGAAGCCAUGCGAAAGGGCCACUGGAUAGUGUUGGACAACUGCCAUCUGAUGCCUUGUUGGCCGUCUGAGCUCCUGGAAUCCUUGUUGGGGAUGUUAGAUGGGGCUCAGGUGGCGGUGGUACAGCGCUCAGUUCCUAUAUUCUGGGAGCAUUCACUAGAACUGGACCACAUCUUGAUACGCAGCCUACAUGAAAGACAAGAUUCCCUGGAAAAUCCUAAACCCUCAGUGUCCCUAACCCUGUCUGUGCCAGUGAUGUUCCUGCACAGCCUUCUGCUGCACCGCCAGCUCUAUGGGCCCUGGCUUCAGGCCAAGUGUGGCAAAUGGAAUCAGAUCAUCCUGGAACAGACUCUAAAAACACAGGAAUGGAUAUGGAAGAAAUUCAGCAAUCACUGGGUGGCCCUGCAAGAGCUAACUGGCAAGAUCCUGGCCCUGAAAGGGACCUGCAACCUGAGUAUCUUCUUCCUGGUGCAGAGUCCAAAGGCCAGGCAGGGGGUAGAUGUGGUUGGAGUACAAGGAUUUGAAAGUGCCUGUGGUUCCUGUCCUCCAGGAGCAAUUUUUUACGGAGGACAUGUGGCUGAUCCCGAAGACCAGGCUGCCAUACUCAGUCUUGUCCAGGCCUGUCUGGACCCCAACAAUGAACUGAGACCCUACGGUUUUACCCCACAGAAUCUGCUGGCUAUCCUUAUACCAUACCCAGAUAAGCCAGAGUUAGAGGCAUCAUUAGAGGUAGAGGCCCAAGCACACCUGAUCUCUGCAUUGUCUGAACCUCGCAGUUUUGGAGUAACUGAAGGACCCCAGGCUUGGCUCUUAAGGAAAAAGAGUCGGGCCCUUUUGGCUUCUCUACACAAGGCCCAAGAUCCCUGGGGACCCUCAGGACUGCCUAGUGCCCGCACCCAGGUCCUUCAUCAGGUGAAGUAUCGACUAAAGCAUCGAGUGUCCCAGGCUAUCCGGAGGCUCAAAGCAUUGCAGGCCAUGCUGGCCUUGAGCUCUCAUAGCCAGACCCUUGGCUGCAACUCCUCUAAAGGGCUGCAGACCCUGGAAGGCUUCCUGGAGGAGGAGGGCACAGCAUUAGGUAUGCUAUUGCCAGAACUACAUAGUGACCUGUGCUGCCUGGAGAGCCAGCUGGCAGGGGGCCUUCCCUGCUCCUCUCCACGAUGUGAAGAAGUAGCCACUGCCCUUUGGGCUGGCCGUCCCCCUCAUCCCUGGCGGCAUCACAUGUAUGCUGGGCCCCAGCCACCCUGGCUGUGGCUGCACCAGCUGUGGCACCAGGGCCAGCUGCUAACCAAAUACUUAAGUCUAUGUGGACAGCUCGAUAUGGGAGGGUUUGACCAACAGAAUCGCUCAUUUCACCUGUCUGCCUUCCGUCACCCCAGAGGGUUAUUGAUGGCUAUUCGCUGGGAGGCCAGCCAGAACUGGGUUCGUCGCUACACCACAUCAAAUUUAGCGUCAAGCGUGACACCUAGCCCGGGCCAUCCACCUCCGACCUGCCCUGCCUCCGUCCCUGGUGCACGUCCUCACUUCCAGCUUAGCCCCAAUUUUAUCUCCCCAUCCCAUAACCCAACCCCCAGGUUUGACCCUGCCCGCCACAGCCCCAGUAAUGGUCCCCAGUACAGUGGUGGUCCUAGCCCCAGCGGUGGUCCCCAACCCAGCCCUGGCCCUAGCCCCCAAGGUGGCCCUCAAUCCAGCCUUGGUCUCAGUCCUGGCGGUAGCCCUAUACACAGUCAUGGCUUCUAUAGCCACCUUUCCAUUAAUCAUGGCUUUAGCACUGGCACCAGCUCCAGGUUCAGCAGUAACCCUAACUCUGGUUUUGGCUUAGUCUCUAAUCUCAACAUGGGCAUAACUCAACAAGGGAUUGAAGCAAUUCACCUUCAGUUUCAGGUGGAAUGUGGACCAAGGCCCAUAGCUCCUGAGGGUGGCCUUCUAAUAACAGGACUGCUUCUCCAUCAUGCUGAAUGGGAUCCUGAGGACAGAGCCUUGCAAGAUGGGCACUCAGGCGAGCCCAGGCCUCUGCCCCCUGUCAGUGUCACUCCCCACUUCAUCAACCAAGAUCUACCAUUGCCCCCCUCUCCUCUGCCUCUCUAUCUCUGUCCUGUCUACCUGGGGGGAAUCCUGGGAUCCUCACGGCUAGACCGUGCCCACCUUGUGUUACACCUGCCACUGCCUACCAAACUGUCUCCUGCCACUUGUGUUCAGCGUAGGGUAUAUGUGUGUAGUCCACCUUUGAUUUGA